AUGGGCGCGCGCGAGACCACCGCAAACAGCAGCGUGGACGCCAUUUUGUACAGUCUCGUACAGUCUGUUCGCCCCGCCUCACUUCAGUUCCUAACGAAACACGAAUGCGAGAGGAUGGAAAAGGAGUCAAGGAGAAAAAUGAAGCAUGUUGCCAACAAAAUGAGAAAAUAUGACGAUUACACGCGUUCGCAGGCUGAAUUAAAAAUCAUGCAAAUACUGUUUGAAUGUGAUGUGACAAUGUACAGAACUCGAGCUUCAUCUACACAGAGUCCUCAUACUAAUAGCAGAGGUGGAGCUGGUACUUAA